AUGCUGAAAGUUCUCUCGAUUUGCCUCGUUUUAGGCUAUGUUGCCGGACAGACUGUCAAGUUGGAAUUCGUUCAAUCCAUGUGGCGUCAUGGAGAACGUGCCUCUCAAAUCGACCUCUACCCAAUCUACGAAAAAGAUUGGAUCUAUGGAGGAGGUGGACUCGGAGAGCUCACGGCUAUCGGAAUGGGAGAGAUGAAUGAGUUGGGACGGAUUAUUCGUCAAAGAUAUGUCAACUCGCUGAACUUCUUGAAGCCGAAAUAUGCGUCGAGAGAGGUUUACGUGAGAUCCACUGACUUCAACAGAACCAUCAUCUCCGCUAUGUCACUUUUGUACGGAGUUUUCCCGCCAAGCUUAUAUGAUAUUCCAAAUGUGGAUUAUCCAUUCACUCCAUUCAAAUGGCAACCGGGGCUCACCUUCGUUCCAGUUCACGUUGAUGGACCAAAUCAAUGUGCCGCUAGUCAAAACUGCCCAUGCCCAAGAUACGAUUUGCUCCAAGCUCGCAUGUUGGCUCUUCCAGAAGUUUUGCCAAAGUUCCAGCAGGUCGUUCUCCUUAACCGUCAAGUCGGUCCAUACUACAACAUGACGUCUGGAAUCGAUACCUUCUACACCUACCCUGACACCUGGAAAUGCCAAAGAGCCUAUUUCAAUGACACAAUGUAUGCAAAACUUCCAUGGUACAAUGAGGAGUUGUACUACAAGUCGCAAACAGUCUACGCUCCGGUCAAAGGAUUUUUGGAGGGAAAUUUCGAAAACUCCGCUAUUAGCAACGGACUUGAUGUGGCUCUUGAGAUGAAGAAAGUGCGUGCUGGAGUUAUCAUUAAUGAGUUGUACAAUCGUGCUUCAGAGAAAUUCGACUGUGCGGAUUUGGGACAGAAUUGUACUGGAUAUUUGAAGCAAUUGAAGUUCUACGGAUAUUCUAUUCAUGACAACAACGUGUACGCCGUCCUCGUCGCCCUUGGCAUUCCCCACAUCGCUGACACCAUUGACGGCUGGCCAGCAUACGCCGCUGGAAUCUUCCUCGAAUUCCACAGAAAUACACAGACCAGUGCCAGAUUCUUCAAGGUCCUCUACCGUUCUAACGCCGAUUCCGGAAUAGCUGACGUCACUACUCAGGUUCCAAUGUGCAAUGGAGCAGCUUUGUGCCCAUUCUCUGCUCUUCAGACUCUUGCUGAAACUAUUCGACCACUUCCGGAUAUUACUACGCUCUGCAACACCGCUUUGUAA